CACUCCUCCCGGGCUCUUUCCAAGAAGCGCAGCUUUGCAGCCAGCUGUGAAGCGGCUGCAGAUAAGAGGGAACUCCACACAUUUGGGGUUCCUAAACUAUGUACUUUUUUAAAUUCUGGACUAGAUAACUUCAGUAUGGCACAUGCUGGGAAUGCGCGCUUCUCCUUGGAGCGCAGGAGCGCACUGAUCCUGGCGCUUCUUCUCCUCUGCGCACAAGCCGCUCCUCCGGGCUUCCCGCAGGAGAACACCUGCGAGGCCAACGGCAGCAGGUACUACCUGGGGGAGUGGUACUUCCUGGACUCGGACCAUUGUACCCAGUGUGAGUGCACCGCGGAGGGCUCCGCCUGUGCGCGCACGGAGUGCAGCUCUCUGCCGGCCGCCUGCAUCCAUGUCAGCCACUACCCCACCGACUGCUGCCCCCGCUGCGAGAAGAUCGGCUGCGAGUACCGGGGGGAGGUGUACGAGCUGGGGCAGAGCUUCCAGCCAUCCGAGUGUGAGCAGUGCACCUGUGACAGUGAUGGCAUUGCCCGCUGCCUGGUUGCAGAUUGUGCCCCGCCACCGUGCGUCAACCCCGUCUACCAGCCUGGGAAAUGCUGCCCUGAAUGCAAGGACGGGCCCAACUGCUACGUUGAUGCGACACGCAGUCGAGUGAUUCCUGCAGGACAGCCCGUCUGGGUCGACUCCUGCACCCGGUGUCGCUGCCACGACGGCCAGGAUGCCGGUUACUGGGAGGGCAACCGCCUGGCCUCCUGUUCCCGCCUCAAAAACUGUACGCCCGAUCAACUGUCUUCACAGAAAAACUAGGUGUCUCUAGUCAGAGAGAACAAGCAGUUAUCACAAAAUACAUAUUCACUGACGUCUGAUCAGCUGUGUAGCCUCUGUUUCAAAGAAACGUUACUUAGGUGGGAUCAAACGUCUUUCCUAAGCUCUGCAAUGUUCUGAAGGUAAGGUACUGGCUUAACAGGCACAUCAAACCCUGAUUCUGAAAAUCUAUGCUUCUGCAGAAGACUAAAUUUGAUCCUAAAAAAGAGUGACGUUGCUCCAGAUAUUUUACAGUUUAUUUAAUUUACCGCUUCCAAAAGGUUGAUGGGAGAAGAGUACGUUUUAGGACUGAGAAAGUACUGGGCUUUUAUAAACCUCAGUCACCCAGGAGCUACUGCUUUGAUUUAAGCAGCAUAACGAAGCCAUUGAGAUUAUUAGAUGAUAAGAGGUUACAAUUGAGCUGUCACUGGUUGAUGCAGCAUUGAGACGUAUGCAGCCGGGUGAUGCAGCCUAGACCAGGAAGUGCCUGAGCAGAGCAGAAAACAAUUCUGCAACUGUCUUUUAAUUCUCAUAGUUUAAUUUCAAUGCAAAUUGAAAUAUAAUGUACAAGAGCACGGCCUUAAAUGAGUGCACUAUGGUUGUAGAUGUGGGCAAUAUUUGAACAGGGACAUUUGCUGGGGUGUUAUUGCUGUAGAGCAGGAAAGACGGUGUGGCCUUUCAUAGAAACAUGAUUUCAUGUUAUUUCCCUCCAAUUACCAUUAAAGAAUCACAGUGAAUGUUGACGUUUACGUCAAUGUUCACUUUAAGGCCACAGUUGAAGGAAUUUCAUAGAUUUAUAUACAACAUGUCUUCCUUCAAUGAUGUGUCAUAAUCCUAAUUACAAGGAAACCAGAAAUAUUCUUGGAUUUUUUUUAAAACGUGCAGUUAAGGCUGCUGCUGCAUAAACAACGCCGUCACAGCUGCCAAAAUCGUAGCCUUAAUUCUCUCAGAAAUCUUUAGUGUGUGAGGUUAAUUUUAAACUUCUACCAUUACGAGCAGCUUUUAAACCCUUUUUUAAAAUCGUAGAGAUCUCUGUGGUAUAAUUGGACAAAGAUUAUUGUCUGUAUGAUGCAGAUGCAGCUUGGUAGCAGCCAGCUGGUGUAAGCUGCUCGGGAACUGAUCCCAGCCAGGAAACGGUCCAGCACAUAAGAGACAAACCAGAUAAUAUACCUGAUAAGACAAGUAAUCAACCAGAUUUGGUGGAGUGGAUGUAUUUGUUACCCACUUUUAUUUUUUCUUUUACUAACGUAAGCUAAAAGGCCCUUCGUAACAACUAAACAUCCACAUCAUUUCCUUUUAUCUCUUGAACUGCUGUUCUCUUUUUCAAAAUGUGUAGUUAUUCCUGGGAGCGCAGCUUAGAUUUACUGACUGAAACAAAAGGGACAUUAUAUAAAGUUUCAACAUUAUGGUGUUAACAAAUCAUGUGUGAGGUGGUGCUGUCUGUGCUGCUGCUAAUAUUCCACAAUAAAUCACCUUUUUAUAUCU